AUGUCGGCCGCUGAGUACUACAAUUCUGGCCCAGCGCCAAUCAACACAAAUUUCCCCCCGAACCAAAACCCUCCUCAUCCCUCCUCAUCGCCUGCGCCUUCACACUCAACAGUCUCGCCCAUCAAUAAGCCUUUGCCUAGUCAGCCAACAUUUCCACCUACCCACGGCGGUAUCGGUUACACAGAUGACUUUUACGGGCGUCACCACUCGUCGCAAUCCAUUGAUGUAGAUACGUCGUACCACCCGCCCGCACACUCCCCCCCCGGGCUAUCGCACAACAACUCAUACUCCAGCGAUUAUGAUAAGCAACAACCAUACAAUGAUGGAAUCCCUUUGCAUGACACACGGCCACAGAAUUACCAGAAUUACCAGAAUUACCCGCCGCCCAUGCCUGCUUCUGCAGCGGAGAUGGGGAUGAUGGGUGGGAAGAAACCGAAGCGAAAACAGGCACCAUUCAUGAAUAAUACUCACAAGAGACCAUGGUUCUGUUGGAUAAUAUCUACCAUCCAGGUUUCAGUAUUCAUUGCCGAGAUUGCGCGUAAUGCAAUCCUAACCGGAAGUCCGAUUAUGAUCAAGCCGCAGGUUAACCCUAUGAUUGGGCCUUCAACAAAUGUACUCAUCAAUAUGGGUGCGCGAUUUGUACCUUGCAUGAAGCUUAUCGAAGGUGUCACCGAUCAUGUGGAUAUAGCCCUCACCUUUCCGUGCCCCACGGCGACCACAAAUAACGUCGCCGACAAUAACUGCACUCUCUCGCAAUGGUGUGGUUUUGGGGGUGAUGAGAUUCCAAAAGAUCUGGGUGGGAAAUCGUCGAGCAAGGAGCCCGAUCAAUGGUGGCGCUUCAUUGUGCCUAUGUUUUUGCACGCAGGGAUUAUUCAUAUUGGCUUUAACAUGUUAUUCCAGCUUCGAAUUGGAGUCGAUAUGGAACGCGAAAUUGGUCCCAUUAGAUUCGCAUUGUGCUAUUUUGCGUCGGGGAUUUUCGGCUUUGUUCUGGGCGGCAAUUUCGCUCCGAACGGUGUACCUUCAACUGGCUGUUCCGGUUCUCUUUUUGGCAUAAUCGCACUCAUGCUCUUGGAUCUUCUCUGGAACUGGACUAACCGGCAGUCACCAAUGAAGGAAUUACUCUUCCUCCUUCUUGAUAUCUGUCUUGGCUUUGCCAUCGGUCUUCUUCCAGGGCUCGAUAACUUCUCCCAUAUCGGUGGCUUUCUCAUGGGUUUUAUCCUUGGCAUCGCUCUUCUCCACUCUCCAGUCAAUCUCCGCCGAAAGAUUGGUGCCGGCGACCCACCAUACACCCCGAUGACCCCCGCAUACAUGCACGGCGCCAAUACAGAGGGAGGUUCAUCUGCCACACAGGGACACAGUGCAUCUGUUUUCAUCAAGUCUCCCACCGGAUUCUUCAAGGGCCGCAAGCCACUCUGGUGGGCUUUCUGGAUUGCCCGUGCAGCCGCCCUAACAGCAGCACUCAUCGUGAUGAUUGUCUUGAUCAACAACUUUUACAAGUACGAGAAGAAGUGCACAUGGUGCAAGUAUCUCAGCUGCUUGCCGGUCAGCAACUGGUGUGAUGUUGGCAACUUGACCGUCACAACUACAGAAACAACAUCAAGGAGAAUGAUGACGAGAAAUUUGGCGGCUUUUAUGUAA